AUGGAUUUGAAAAGCCGUUAUACAAACUAUGAACUGCGACCAUUUUAUGCUGGCAGUGGUGCAGUUGCUUCCGUUUCAGAAGAUGGAAAGCUUCUUGCAACUUCUGUGGUUGAUGAGGUGAUCGUCACAGAGCUAGGCUCUACAAAGCGAGAGUUGCAUAAAAUAGAAAACGGUGACGAGCAGGAAAUCACAGCAUUGCAACUAACUCCCGAUGGUAACUUUUUGGCGUUUAUGUCACAAGCCCAACUUUUGCGGGUUUACGACCUGAAGGCUAAAAAGGUAAUUAGAUCAAUGAAAGUCUCUUCACCAGUCUACGUGAUGGAUUGUGACGCCAGUUCUACGCUAGUGGCACUCGGGGGUACUGAUGGUAGUGUUACCGUAGUAGACAUCGAAAAUGGAUAUGUCACUCAUUCGUUCAAGGGCCAUGGUGGGACCAUUUCCAGCGUCAAAUUCUAUGGCGAACUCAACAGCACUACAUGGAGAUUAGCUUCAGGUGAUACCAAUGGUAUGGUGAAAGUUUGGGACUUGGUGCGCAGAAAUUGUCUUUACACGAUGCAAGAGCAUACAGCCGCCGUGAGAGGACUCGACAUGAGACUGCCCGAAUCAUCUGAAAACAGUACAUUGGAACUGCUGUCAGGGGGAAGAGACGAUAUUAUACACUUGCAUCAACUUGGUCCCGGCAAAAAGGUGAAAUUGAUCAAGUCUAUACCCGUUAAUCAACAAAUUGAAGCUUGUGGCUUCAUCAGAGUGCCUGGGAAUGAGGGUACCAUCUAUACUGCAGGAGGCGACGCGGUGUUUCAAAUAACUUCUUUAGACUCGGGAGCUGUCAUAAGGAAGACAAACAAGCCAAAAGAAGAGCUGUUCAUAAUAGGCGUCCUACCAAUUCUUCAAGGCCUCCAAGCAUAUUUGGUGUUAUCGGACCAGACUUUAUUUUUGGCUGAUCUGGAAGCAUCUUUUGAGAGUUCUGGAGAAAGUAUAGUCAUAAACCAAAAAAUCGCUGGUAAUCAUGGAACUAUUGCCGACAUGAGAUUUGUUGGUCCUGAGUUGGACUUGCUAGCUUUAGCUACAAAUUCUCCGGCUCUCAGAAUUAUUCCCACAGCAGGCUUUUUCUCUCGCCAGAAAAGAGAUGAAAAAGAUGUUGAUGGUAUUCAAGAACAUUCGAAAUCAACAGAUGCGGGCUCAAGUCUGCCACUUGAGGUCGAAAUUUACGAGGGACAUACUGACCUUUUGAAUGCAUUAGAUUCCACGGAAGACGGAAGAUGGCUAGCAACAUGCUCUAAAGACAAUUCCGCCAUGAUAUGGAGAUUCAACUCAAAAUCGGAGAAAUUCGAGCUGUACGCGAAAUUUGUCGGACAUGCAGGUCCGGUAACAGCUGUUGGCUUGCCAAGUGUUAUGCGCAAGGAUUGGCCACUUUUCCUACUAACUGCGUCGAAUGAUCUGACAAUAAAGAAAUGGGCAAUUCCAAAACCUAGUGUCGACGACAAGGCAGUUCACAUCGUAAAAUCAUCCGAGUACACGCGAAGAGCUCACGAAAAAGACAUAAAUGCAUUAUCCAUUUCACCUAACGAUUCUGUUUUUGCUACAGCCUCAUACGACAAAACAUGUAAGAUCUGGGAUGUGGAUACUGGAGAACUGCAAGGCACGUUGGCCAGCCACAAGCGUGGUCUUUGGGAUGUUUCCUUCUGUCAAUAUGAUAAACUAUUGGCGACGGCGUCUGGUGAUAAGACUGUCAAGAUUUGGUCAUUGGAGUCGUUUUCCGUGCAGAAAACGCUUGAGGGACAUACGAACGCAGUUCAAAGAUGUUCAUUUAUCAACAAAAAUAAGCAAGUGGUGACUACUGGUGCGGACGGGCUGAUCAAAAUAUGGGAUCUUUCUACUGGCGAAUGUAUUCGCACCUUGGAUGCCCAUGAUAACAGACUAUGGGCUCUCAGCGUUCUGGAAGAUGGUGAGGAGUUUGCAACGGCCGAUGCUGACGGGGUGUUCCAGUUCUGGAAGGACAAUAGCGAAGAGGAAGCCAAAGAAAAUAUGGAAAACGAGAAAUUGAGAAUUACCCAAGAACAAUCUUUACAAAACUACCUUUCUCAAGGAGAUUGGACAAAUGCAUUUUUGCUGGCAAUGACGCUAGACCAUCCUAUGCGUUUAUAUCGUGUGCUAGACAGCAGUUCACAUGAGCAGGACAAGAAUUCCACUUUUGUCUUUAACGAGGAACUUGACAAAGUCAUUGGCAGUCUUCAAGACGAACAAGUGCUGACGCUUCUGAAACGCAGUAGGGAUUGGAACACAAACGCAUCCACUCAUUCAGUGGCCCAAAAGGUCAUCCGUUGCUUGUUGAUGACCCACAAUAUCGCAGCUCUCAGUGACAUACCGGGCAUUAUGAACAUUAUCGACGCAAUUAUACCAUACACAGAAAGGCACUUCACUCGAGUGGAUGAUCUGGUUGAGCAAAGCUAUAUUUUGGACUAUUCGCUAGUCGAGAUGGAUAAGCUGAUGUGA